UUUUUCCUUCUGCAGAACUCUAAGCCCUACCCAAAUCUUAUGCUCUGUUUGUUUUCUACUCUUAUCUACUACUUCACUCUUCCCCUCACCCUAUUAAUCUCAAUCACACUCUGCUUCUUAUUAACCAUCCAAUUUCAUAAAACCCCUUUUUCUCAGCCCUUUCAUUUUUACCCAAACACAGCCUUCCAAGGAGAACCCCGAAUUUAUUUAUUUUUUAUUUUUGCUUAUAUCAUUAAAUUUGGUCACAGGACCUUGACUACCACCUCUUCCUAUUUCGACCCAAAAAAAAAACCCUCUUUCCUUUCAAUGCCUAAAAGCUAGAGCCGCACCUGGUAUAUAUAAUUGCCUAUUGUUAUCAUCAAAAUCAAUCUAUCUAUCUAUCAGACACUGUGUGAGAGAAAGAGAGAGGUACCCAUUAGAGAUACACAAUAUUUUUCACAUAUAAAAGAAACCCUUUUAUUUUUAUUACCCACCCACCACAACCCCUAAUAGACCCUGCAAAACACUGAUCUCGUUGCAUAACCCUCCCCACAGUCCUAUUUCGAGAGCAGUGAGAUAGGAAGUCACCAGUCAUAGCAUGCGUAUCAUAUAACAGUCUAUUGUAGAAUAGUAUCAUGGAAGUACUGCCUUGUUCUGGUGUUCAAUAUGCUGGGGAUUCUGAUUGCCCUCAGAGGAGCUCAGGGACCGCUUUUGUAUUCCAGGAAGAACCUAGUUUCCCUGAGAAUGGUGAACUGGCUAAAUUGGCCGAUGGUCAACUGAAUGAAUCAUUGGAUGAGAUGCAAGGGGCACAGAUAGAAAGGAAAGGUGAAGGGAAACAGACUAAUUCAGAUUGUCAGUGCAUUGGAGCUUCAUGUUGUGACUGUCAGGUGGAAGAUCAAAAGCUAGACUGUCGUUUCAAUUAUUUUGAAGGAGAUGUCGAAAAUGAACCUUGCUUAGCUUCUGAGAACACCCUUUCUGUCGUGGACACAAUUGAAAGUGAAUCACCAAACAACAAUAGGGAAGGAGACUUGUUAUUUUCUGAACCCAAGUGGCUAGAAGGGGAUGAAUCUGUGGCAUUGUGGGUCAAGUGGAGAGGGAAGUGGCAGGCUGGUAUCCGAUGUGCAAGGGCUGACUGGCCGCUAUCAACUUUGAAAGCAAAGCCGACUCAUGACCGAAAGAAAUAUUUUGUCAUAUUUUUUCCACAUACAAAGAUUUAUUCUUGGGCGGAUAUGCUGCUUGUUAGAUCAAUUGACGAGUUUCCCCAUCCUAUUGUAUACAAGAAUCAUCAGGUUGGAUUAAAACUGGUAAAAGACUUAACAGUUCCAAGGCGGUUUAUAAUGCAAAAGCUAGCUGUUGGGAUGUUGAACAUCAUUGAUCAAUUUCAUUUUAAUGCUUUGACAGAAACUGCCCGUGAUGUAGAGGUCUGGAAAGGAUUCGCUAUGGAGGCUUCUCGUUGCAAUGGUUAUUCUGAUUAUGGAAGAAUGCUUCUAAGGCUACAUAAUAGCAUUCUGCAGCACUACAUAAAUGUUGAUUGGUUGCAACAUUCUUAUCAUUCUUGGGUUGAACGAUGUCAGAAUGCAAAUAGUGCCGAGUCAGUAGAGCUGCUCAAGGAGGAAUUGUUUGACUCUGUUUUGUGGAAUGAUGUCAACACGCUGUGGGAUGUACCAGUGCAACCAAUAUUAGGUUCUGAAUGGAAGACCUGGAAGCAUGAUGUAGGGAAAUGGUUUUCGACAUCACGUUCCUUCUCUAGCAGCAAUGACAUACAGACACAGUGGCAUAUUUCUGAUGAUUCAUACCAAACAAACCUUCAGGUUUGUAGAAAAAGGCCCAAACUUGAAGUUCGUCGUGCAGAUACACAUGCUUCACAAGUGGAAAUCAAGGGUUCAGAUCGAUCUAUUACUCUUGAGGCUGACCCUGGAUUCUUUAAUAAUCAGGAAACAUUGAGCACAAAUGCAGCUGAGACAUGUGGUAAACAGGAAGGCAUUAGGGAGGUGCUUCUGGCAUCUGACUUUCCUAGUCCUAUGGACAACAAAUGGAAAGAAAUCGUAGUUGAGGCUGCUGAUUCUGAUUUCUUGCAGACCAAAGGAAUGGAAUUGACCCCUAUAAAUGAAAUGGCUGUUGCAAAAUCUGUAGAACCUGGUAGUAAGAAUCGACAGUGUACAGCUUAUAUUGAAGCCAAGGGAAGACAGUGUGUGAGAUGGGCAAACGAAGGUGAUGUAUACUGUUGUGUUCAUUUGUCAUCCCGUUUUUUGGGCAGCUCUGCAAAAGCUGAAAAGUCAGUUCAAGUUGAUGCUCCUAUGUGUGGAGGUACCACUGUUCUGGGUACUAGUUGUAAGCAUCGGGCCCUACCAGGCUUUUUAUUCUGUAAGAAGCACCGGCCCCAUGCUGAAACAGCAGAACAAGUCUCAAAUUUACCCCAGAAUUCACUGAAGAGGAAGCAUGAAGAGAAUCAUACUGGUUCAGAGGACACAUUCUGCCGAGAUAUGGUAUUGGUAGAUGUCGAAGGUCCACUGCAAGUGGAUCCUGUGCCAUCCUUUGCCAGUGAUUCCUUACAUGGAGAAAGCAACUUGGCUGAGAAGCCAGUGCAUUCUGAAAAUGAUCAUAGUGCGAUGGAGGCUCUAAACUGUAUGGGUUCUCCUUCCUCUGAUAACCAGAAUCCUUGUAUGGAAGCUCCUAAACGAUAUUCCUUGUACUGUGAUACACAUCUUCCAAGCUGGCUUAAACGUGCGAGAAAUGGGAAGAGCAGAAUAGUAUCAAAAGAAGUGUUCACAGAACUUUUGAAGGAAUGCAGCUCAUGGGAGGAAAAGGUACACCUGCAUAAAGCAUGUGAGCUUUUUUACAGACUAUUCAAAAGCAUUUUAUCACUAAGAAACCCAGUUCCUAAGCAUGUCCAAUUCCAGUGGGCUUUGAAUGAAGCCUCUAAAGAUAGUGGUGUUGGAGAAUUUUUCACAAAAUUGGUUCAUAGUGAAAAAGCAAGAACCAAAUUGUUGUGGGGAUUCAAUGAUGACAUGAAUGUAUCCUCUGUCGUGGAAGAACAACUUCUCUUGCCAUCCACAGUUAAUAAUAGCUAUGAUAAUGAAAAUGCCAUCAAGUGUAAGAUUUGCUCCACAGAGUUUCUCGAUGACCAAGCACUUGGUAACCAUUGGAUGGACAGUCAUCAUAAGGAAGCACAAUGGCUGUUUAGAGGUUAUGCAUGUGCUAUUUGUUUGGAUUCUUUUACUAACAAGAAACUUUUGGAAACCCAUGUUAAAGAGAGACACCAUGUGCAAUUUGUUGAACAAUGCAUUCUUCUCCAAUGCAUUCCAUGUGGCGGUCAUUUUGGAAAUACUGAGCAAUUAUGGCAGCAUGUUUUAUCAGUUCACCAUGCUGAAUUUAAGCCAUCAAAAUCUCCUGAGCCACAAACUUUCUCUUCUGGUGAAGAUUCACCAGUAAAACAAGACCACAGAAAUUCAGCCUCUUUGGAAAAUAAUUCUGAGAAUCUGGGUGCCACACGGAGGUUUGUUUGCAGGUUUUGUGGGUUGAGAUUUGAUUUACUACCUGACCUAGGUCGACAUCACCAAGCAGCUCAUAUGGGGGCCAAUCUGGCUAACGGCCGUCCUGCUAAGAAGGGAGUUCGCUAUCACUCAUAUAGAUUAAAAUCUGGCAGAUUAAGCCACCCUAGAUUUAAAAAGGGUUUAACAUCAGCAUCAUACAGGAUGAGAAAAAAGGCUAAUGCUAAUAAGUUAAAGCAAUGCAUUCAGGCAAAGAACUCACUCAAUGGGGAAGGAGUAACUGCACAACCUCAUGUGAAUGAAACAUCAGAUGUUGGUGGAUUAACAGAACAUCAAUGCUCAGCUGUUGCAAAAAUUUUGUUUUCAGAGAUUGAGAAAACUAAACCACGGCCUAACAAUCUUGAUAUCUUAUCAAUUGCUCGCUCUGCUUGCUGCAGAGUUAGUCUCGUAGGCUCCCUGGAGGAGAAAUAUGGAAUUCUGCCUGAAAGGUUCUAUUUGAAGGCAGCAAAACUUUGUAGCGAGCAUAAUAUUGUUGUGAGUUGGCACCGGGAGGGGUUUGUUUGUCCUAGAGGCUGUGGUGUAGCAAAGGAUCAAGCAUUUCUCUUUCCUUUAGCAUCUCUUCCUAAUGGUUUUCCAAAACCUAUAAAUUUAUCUGAUCCUGUAAAUGAUGACUGGGAGGUGGAUGAGUUUCACUGCAUCAUUGAUUCACGCAGUUUAAAAUUAGAUUCACAGCAAAAGGCCACAGUCUUGUGUGAUGACAUUAGCUUUGGGAAGGAGUCAAUUCCAGUGAUUUGUGUAGUUGAUCAUGAACUGCUGCAUUCUCUACAUACAGACGGGUCUAAUGAACAAGUUAUAAAUUCUUCUAGACCUUGGGAGAGCUUUACCUAUGUUACAAAGCCAAUACUUGAUCAAUCCCUUAGUCUUGAUUCAGAGAGUCUGCAGUUGGGAUGUGCCUGCUCAUAUUCUACCUGCUGUCCCGAAACAUGUGAUCAUGUUUAUCUUUUUGGUACUGACUAUGUUGAUGCUAAAGACGUAUUUGGGAAACCAAUGCGUGACAGGUUCCCAUAUGAUGAGAAUGGUCGAAUAAUAUUGGAGGAAGGUUACCUUGUCUAUGAGUGUAAUGAUAUGUGCAGAUGCAAUAAAUCCUGUCCGAACAGAAUAUUACAGAAUGGAGUACGAGUCAAAUUGGAAGUGUUUAAAACAGAGAAGAAGGGAUGGGCAAUGAGGGCUGGUGAAGCUAUUCUGCGUGGCACAUUUGUGUGCGAGUUCAUUGGAGAGGUUUUAGGUGUGCAGGAAGCAGACAAUAGGCGCAAGAGAUAUGGCACGGGGAAUUGCAGUUAUUUCUUUGACAUCAAUGAUCGUGUUAAUGAUAUUGGCAGAAUGAUUGGAGGACAAGCCCAAUAUGUAAUUGAUGCAUCUAAAUAUGGAAAUGUGUCAAGGUUCAUCAAUCAUAGCUGCUCACCCAAUCUUGUCAGUCAUCAAGUUCUCAUAGAGAGCAUGGAUUGUGAGCGUACACAUAUCGGUCUUUAUGCAAGUCGAGAUAUUGCUUUGGGUGAAGAGCUGACUUAUGACUAUCAGUAUGAGCUUGUGCCUGGAGAAGGAUCGCCUUGUCUUUGCGAAUCGUUGAAGUGUAGGGGGCGCCUUUACUAGAACCUCAACACCAUUAGAUUUCAAUGUGAAAGUAUUAAGUUAGUCUUGAUGGCUUCCAACAAAUCAGGCAACUUGUUAGUAUCUCUGGUAAUCUUCAUAGGAUUCAAUUGAUCUGGAUUUCUAUGGUAGAGGGUAGAGUGGGUUGUUUUUGCAGCUUACUGCACAAUUUUUCUCCUUUCCCUUAAUUCAUUCUGCAGCUAAGCUGUCUGGAUUAGCAAUUGUUAUGAUUUUUUUUAUUUUUUAAAACUGGAUUUAUGUUUUAAGUGUUUAAUUUCUCUUUUUAGUGUGGCAGGAAUGUAAAUAUACUCGCCAUUUAAACUUAAUUUGCCCUUCCUUUUCUUUACUGAA